CAAGUAAAAACUUACAGGAUUUUGUUACAGUAGUCAGUUAGCCAUCCUCUAAACAUCUCAUUCUCUGCUUAACUCCAUAUGGCGCUAUGAGAGUGAUCUUGAUAAAGAGGGAACAUCCUACAUUCUACUUUCAAGAGAACCAGAUCGUAUUAUAAAUGAAUUUAUAAGAUUAAAAGUCAAACUGAACUACAGCUUGUUCUUACUAAGACAGCUUUCCCAGUUCAAAUAUGCAGAUUGAUAGAAGAGAGUGUAGCCAAAGAGGUUGGCCAAAUCAGCGUGUCCUUCAAUAGGCUCUAGACCUUGCUUUUUCUUAUUGAAAACGAUUCCAACUGAAACAACAAGAGAGAAUGGGUAUUAGGUGUCUCUUCUAUGCUCCAAUGAUGACUCUUGGAGCAAGCACAAAACGAAAACCUGAGUUAGUCAGAAAAAUUGGAGAUGUAAGGAGAUAAGCAUUUGUAUAAAGUCAAUAAAGGAACUAAAUGAUUAUCACAGCCUUAACUCAAAAGAGGAAUUUUUAGUCAAGAUACAUCGAAUAUUCCAAAUCCUGGAUAAUGCAGUUGUGCAUCAAAGCAAAGCUGUGAGAGAAGUGAGUCAAAAUAGUGGGCUCAGAGUAUUUUUGCUCCUCAUCUAUGGACAUAAGUCUACUCAGCAUCACGAUCCUCUUUGUAAACACCAAGUCCAAGCUCAGAAAAUUUGAAACAAUUGAAAGCAUAAAUCUGAGAAUUUAAGAGAAACUACCAAGACAACGGGGAGGGCCUAGAAUGUCCAAAGAGAUGAAGCUAUCGGAUACUGACAUACUGAAUGAAUGGAAUAGAAAAGAAAACAGAUAAUCGACUUCUUGCAU